AUGGUCCCACGAGGCGACGGGAAUGAGGGACCGCGCCCACUCACCCCCUCCAGGACUCCCGGCACGCCGAUUAAGCCUCGCUUGACCCGGGCUGGCACGAGCCCAACAAAGCGGGAUGAGAAACCAAAGGAAGAUAAAGUCUUGAAAUCAUCUGCUCAGGAUGUGGCGGAACUCAAGGACUACCAAUUGGGUGACUGUUUAGGGAAAGGAGCUUUCGGAUCUGUGUAUCGUGCCUUGAAUUGGAAUACUGGGGAGACAGUUGCGGUGAAACAAAUUAAAUUGGUCGACCUCCCUACAAGCGAAUUGCGUGUUAUUAUGCUGGAAAUUGAUCUCCUCAAAAAUCUUGAUCACCCGAAUAUUGUGAAAUACCAUGGAUUUGUAAAGUCCGUUGAAACUUUGAACAUCAUUCUCGAGUAUUGUGAAAAUGGCUCCCUACACUCCAUUGCCAAAAACUUUGGUCGUUUCCCGGAAAAUUUGGUCGGCUUGUACAUGUCCCAAGUCUUACAUGGUCUGUUGUAUCUGCAUGAGCAAGGUGUCAUUCAUCGCGACAUCAAAGGAGCAAAUAUCUUGACAACGAAAGAGGGUCUUGUCAAACUUGCCGAUUUCGGUGUAGCCAGCAGGACAACUGGACUGAGCGUGUCGAGUGUGGUCGGAACUCCCUACUGGAUGGCACCUGAAGUUAUUGAACUAACAGGUGCAUCCACUGCGUCUGAUAUUUGGAGUUUAGGAUGCACAGUCAUCGAACUUCUUGAAGGCAAACCUCCCUAUCAUCACCUACAACCUAUGCCCGCCUUAUUCCGUAUUGUCAAUGAUGACCAUCCACCACUUCCUCAGGGUGCUUCACCGGCCGUGAAAGACUUCUUAAUGCAGUGCUUCCAGAAAGACCCUAACCUGCGUGUCUCAGCUAAGAAGUUGUUGAAACACCCUUGGAUCGCCAACGCUAGAAGAUCCGACUCUGUAGUUCCUAAGAAAUCCACCGAAUACGAAGAAGCCGUGAAAAGUGUGCAAGAAUGGAACGAGGCCCUGCGAUCUCCUGGGACAGGUACCUCGAAGAAGCCAAACAAGUUUGACCACGGGGCUGGACCUCUUCCCACCCAGCGCAAUUCUCUCGUUGACACAUUACCUUCUCCAACCUCUAUCAAAGCCACGGAUCGAUUUAGAUCUGCCGAGUCCGCUGAGGACGACAAUUGGGACGAUGACUUUGCGACUGCCAUAUCUCCUAGCGCAUUGAAAUUACCUCAUCUUCGACCUCACGAUAACUUCGGAGGAAUGCUCUCCUCGGAGCGACUCAAGGCAUUUGCGUCACUUGAUGGGACGAUACUGAGAUCAGAUGACAGUUUUGAUGAGUUUGAUGACUUUGCGAGAACCUCUAUGCCAGCCCCAGAAAAUGACCCUCUCCAAACAAUACGACCUUUUCCUGCCAGAUCCUCGGCAGCCGAGCCCUCCAAGUCUCAAGAUUAUGCUCGUCAUCAGGACGAUAGACCCCAAGUAUCAGCGAUGCAAAAUGUUCCAAUUCUGACGCGGAAUCCCGCACCACCUAUGAGACGGCCACGACCAGCUGCUCUCUACAAGGAAAACUCGGUCGAGGAUUACACCGACCUCAUCAUGGCCAACGAGGAUGUGAUUGAUGGUAAACUUGGCUUGAUUCAAGAAGACGACGACCCAGAGUCUCCAAUUCGCGAAAAUGGAUACAAUGCAUUUGGUGAUGACCGCAGUGGUCAGCAUCCCCAACUACGAAAGCAGCUCUCUGUGAAGCGAGAUCGGUCUGCCAUUGAAAUCCAAAGGUUCGCGGAAAACGAGACUGACGAGGACUUCUCCGAUAUACUCGGGGCUGAAACCGUGGGAUCUGAUGCUACUGAGAGUGACGAUAGCUCAGAUCGUAGCACUCUGAUGCUGAACUCGAAAUUGUCCAGUAACUCGUGGCUAGGAGAUCAAGACGACGAUGAUGAUCCAUUUGCCCAAUUGGAAGAGGGAUUCGAUGAAAUGGACCUAGAAGCUAACAUCGCGCGUGACAAGUACGCCCGUCUGCGGAACCAAGUCGAGGGAUUGGUCGACUCUUUGAAGACUUCCCAAGAUGAGGAUGUUCUUGCGGACAUAUCAGAGCAGCUCCUCACAAUCUUUUGCGAUCUACCUGAAACCAAAACUAUCAUCAUCAGCGCUCACGGCAUGCUCCCCAUUCUAGAGAUCCUAGACACUUCUCGUCGACGUGAUAUUGUUCUUUGCUUACUUCGAGUUGUCAAUCUUAUCAUCUGUAAUGACUACGAGGUUCAAGAAAACCUGUGCUUUGUUGGUGGAAUCCCUAUUGUGAACGAGUUUGCUUCGAAGAAGUACCCUCGUGAAAUUCGUCUCGAGGCUGCGGCUUUUGUGCAACAGAUGUAUCAAACUUCGACUCUCACCCUCCAGAUGUUUGUCAGCGCUGGUGGUCUUAAUGUCUUGGUUGAAUUCUUAGAGGAUGAUUACGAGGACGAACGUGAUCUUGUCUUGAUCGGAGUGAAUGGAAUCUGGAGUGUUUUCGAGCUACAGGGCUCUACUCCGAAGAAUGAUUUCUGCAGAAUUUUAUCCCGCAACUCUGUCCUUGAUCCCCUUUCACUUGUCUUAAGUCGUGUUUUGGAUGAGGAAGGUGACCUUGCGGAGAUAAUCGAGGGCCGCAUUGCCAACAUUUUCUUCAUCUUCUCGCAGGCCGAGAAUCAUGUCAAGGAGAUGAUAGCAGAGCGAACCGUGUUGCAUCGUGUCCUGAAAGAACUCCGCCGAAUGUCACCCAUCCACCAAAUUACAAUGUUGAAGUUCAUCAAGAAUCUUUCUAUGCUGUCAACCACUCUUGACUCUCUUCAAAACUCGAAUGCAAUCGAUGUCCUGACUGAGUUGCUCCGGUCAACCAUGAAAAGAGGGCAUUUCAGGGAGGUUUCGAACCAAAUUCUCAACACUAUCUACAAUAUGUGUCGCCUGAACAAGUCCCGACAGGAAGACGCUGCUCUCAAUGGUAUCGUACCAUUGCUCCAGAAAAUCGUCCAAACCGAAAGACCUUUGAAGGAAUUUGCCUUGCCUAUUCUGUGUGACAUGGCCCAGUCCGGCAAGGUCGGCCGCCGAGAGUUAUGGCGUAACAAGGGUCUUGCCUUUUACAUCUCCUUGCUUGCAGAUCCUUACUGGCAGGUCACUGCCCUAGAUGCCAUUUUUACCUGGUUACAAGAAGAAACUGCCAAGGUUGAGGAACAUCUUUUGGACAAUCGCCAGGAUAGACCAUCCUUUACCGAUGCUAUCGUGGGUUGCUUGGCAGUCUCAAAGGCAAACGCAUUUGAGAAUCUCCUUGAACCCCUACAGAAGCUUCUUCGAUUGAGUCCCCCGGUGGCAUCGACAUUUGCUCGACCGGACCUUUUCAACAGACUUGGUCAGAAGCUUCAUCAUACCAAGGCGGCAGUUCGCUUGAACAUCCUGCGUAUCAUCUCGAGUAUCUGCGAUUCAAGUGAACAGCAAGGUGGUUUGCUUUCUACCUAUGGCCUAUUGGAUGCCAUUCGAGAACUUGAAAACGAUUCUGCUAUUCUUGUCAGAGACAUGGCAGGAAAGUUAAUUGAGUCUAAUGAACGCAGCGAUGUGUACAGCCUCGGCAAGCGUAGACCAGUCAGUCGCAGAAAGAGUACUUCUACCACGCCGCCAACCCCGUUUUCCAGCUCUACCCCAUCAACUCCUCAGACCAACCGCACAAGCCAGUCUCGGGGACUUUUUGAAGGACGCGAAACCCCACGACACCCCCGCAACGCACUCAGUGGAUCUUCUCUAGCAAUGAGACCUGGAAGCCGAGACGGUGGCUUAUCAGCUCUUAGCUCUGGGAUGAAUGGCAGUGCACCUGCACCAGCACGACCUCGUGUGAAUCGAGGCAUAUCUAAUCGACUAUCGCAAGUUGGAAUACUGCAAAAUGAUGAAGGUUCCGCCCCCAGCUCUCUUGGUCGUCGUCCCUCGAUAAUUCCCCGACGCCGACGUCCCACAACGACUGAUUCUGAAUGGACCUAA